GCUUCCUGUGAACAUCCCAGACUGUGAUUUUCUAUUAUCUGAUACAAUGGCCAAUGAAGUGGAGACAAUCGUUCUGACAAAUAUGGAAUACGCCAUGAAGUCUCUGAGUCUCCUCUCCCCCAGAUCGCUUUCCAAAUGCGUCUCUGUCAGUGCUACUAUGACUCAACAGUUCCUCUCUCGCCCGGCAUCCAAGCCUCGGCCCUUCAGAGUCUGUAACUGGGACCGCAGCAUCCGCAAGGGCAUUGUAGCGGAUAGUCUGGGAGAUCUCCUGAACAAGACCCAGGAUGCCCUGCUCACGAGUUAUGCUAUCACGCUGGUCCUGGAAGAAGAUGGGACUGAAGUGGACACCGAGGACUUCUUCCAGUCCUUGGACAGUGGAGCUGUCUUUAUGGCACUGGAAAAGGGACAGACAUGGAAACCAUCCCAGAAAGCCGGCUACCAUAUUACCUUGUCCAGUAAGCCUCAGAAGAAGAUCGACGUGGCUCAGUUCAGCUUCGACCUCUACAAGAAUCACCCGCAAGACUUCAUAGGAUGCAUCAAUGUCAAGGCCACAUUCUAUGGAACGUACAGCGUGUCCUAUAACCUGCAGUGCUACAGUGCCAAGCGCGUGGUGAAGGAGGCGCUACGUUGGACCCUCUUCACUAUGCAGGCUACGGGUCACGUCCUCCUGGGUACAUCGGGUUACAUGCAGCAGCUGCUAGAACCCAACAAUAAGCUGCAGCUGGAGGAGGAGAAGCCGGCCCCUGCUCUCAGAGACCUCAUCCCUUUUUAUCCUCGAAGGAUGCUCCCAGCUUCACAAUGAACAGCCUGACGCUGGACAAUCUGUAUACGCACACUG